UUUAAAAUGUCGGGGAGAGUCGACGAACAGCUCGACGACUUCCUCUGGGGAAAAACUGAUGUUAAGGAUUACUUGAAAAAGGUAGCAGAAUGUGACUCAUCCGUAGCUGAAUCAUUGAAUCGAAAAGUCGCUGGACUCCAUGAUACCCUCGACAAACAGCUUCGUAAAGGAGUCGAAACUAAUCUUCCACGACUACUGGAGCAAGUGCCAGCUCUUCAAUCACUUGAAGAUACUCUACAUUCAGUUCAAAUGCGAAUGACAUCAGUGACCAAAGAAUCAAAUCGACUCGCCACGGUUUGUGAUGAUCUUACCACGAAGCUUCGCGAACAAACUCGCCAACUCGAAGCAACGAUGCUCAAAAGAAACAUGGCUUCAGAUGCCCAAAGAUGUGAAGAACUUUUUGAAUCUCUUGAGAAACGAAGUGAUUUGGUGAAGAAGGCGGAGAUCACAUCGGAGAUUAAGGAGAUACUCAAUGAUAAUAAAAAUUUGCGAAAAAUUGGAUGGUUGAAGAAUAUGGUGGAUACCAAGUUGAAAGUGGCUGAAAAUGAAGUUCGACGCAGUGGAGCGGAGGAGUUGAAACGAGGUUUAGCGUCAUUGAAUAGCUCGAUGGUUGUAUCUGCUCAAAGAGCUCUUCGAACUUUGAAUUAUUUGGAUUCAGAACUUGAAGUUUUGCUGUCCUCCUCUGUUGUCGAUCUGGAUAAGAAAUUAAUGGAAUUAUCAAACAGCUCUCCAGAAGUUGCUAAUAAAAGUCUCCCUGUAGUCGCUGCAACAAUUCAAUCACAUCUCGAACAAGCGGCUAUGCUGGGUGAAGUCUAUAAGAAGAAAUUCUCUGAAAAGUUGGCUCGACUGAUUCGUAGCAGAGUUCCACUCGAUACUCCAUACGCUUUGCGGUUUGUACAGCAAUUGGGUAGAGUAUUCAAUUCAAAGGGAGAUAGUUCACCCGCUUUGAACGAUUCUUUACGUCCACUCAAGAACUCUCUCCUGACUCAUUCACUGGCUCGUUUGCACAAACUCGUUGAAGAAAAUGACUUCUCUACAGCUCAUGCCAAUGCAUUUGUCGAUCUUAUCAAUUCUGCAAUGGAAGAAGAACAUCGAAAAGUCGACUGGGACGCGGAGUUGAGCCAGAAAAUGAGCAAUAAUAUUGAGAAAUGCAUUGAGAUUAUUGCAAAGAAAUUGGAAGCCAAUCUUCAUUUACAAAGAGAUGAUUUACUCCUAGGAGACCGAUUGACUGCAAAUCAAAUGACAAACUAUCGUCUCAUUCAAACCGCUGAUGGUAUCACAAAACGUUGGCCAGCAGAAUCGAAAAGUGUGACAGCGAUUCAAAAAGAAACUCUUGAUGCGAUCGUCAUAGAAGUCAAAAACUCGAUUCGCGCGAUUGUUGCAAGAAUGCACGUUGAAACACGCGGAAUGACAAAAUCCGUGGCUCCGUACAUGCAAGAAUUGCUCACCUACAUUAAUCAUAUCGACAUGCACAUGGCUCACGUUUCACGAGCAGUUUGUCAUUCUCACGUACUCUCACAAAUUGCCGAAUAUGUCAUUGACUCAUUUAUUCUAAAUGCCACAUUAGUCAGAUCACAUGCUUCUGAUGAACGUCAACUCAUUGUCAUUGACUUUUCAAGAUUACUCGAAGCCGUUCGUUCAAUGGAAUGGCCUUCCAAAUAUGGUGACACUACUCGACUUUUGGAUCUUUUCGGAAGCGAUGUUGAUGUGAUGCUCAGAGUUGAAGGUGUCAAAAAGUCGAUUUUAAUCCAGCUACUAGUAUCCGAUAGCCCUUCAGAACUUCCACUUCCUAAUCAAUCUGUAAAAUGGACGCCCGAAGAAUAUGUAAAGUGGUACGAAGAGCACACUGAGCUGGAAGUUCUCGCAUUCCUCAACGGACUUGUGUCUUCGUACAAUAGUUCUGUCAUCUCACGUGGUCAACAACACUAUGUCGAUCAUUAUCCUCGUAUUGUGAAGCUUCUUCAAAAUGCUUUCUAACCUAAAGGACACUCGGAGAAUUUAACAACGCAUGGGUUUAUGUAUUUAUGAUUGUGAUAAUAUUUAUUUAUUUGGGUGGAAUAAAAGUGUAUUCGUUU